AUGUUUUCCGCCCUAGAAAAAAGACGAUGGAUUUCCAAGCGGGAUCUCAAUCACGAAAGGCAACCAGACAUAGCCCACUUUGAAACAUAUAUGCUAGAUACCGUUGCGAAGCACGAUCGGAUAACUACAAGCCCUCCCAUAUCCUUCCUCACGAGAGAAUUUCUCAUGAAGCAACCGUGGUUUCCAUUGCCACGAGGCCACUCCCGUAUCCGAGAUAUCCUUGCCCAGUGCCAGUUCUGUGAAACGCCAGAACGGUAUUGGAGUUGGCAGAAAAGUGUGGAUACAAGAACGGCACUUGGCGCCGUCCCAUUUGCUAAUAAGUUGGGGACAAUCAAACUGACCAACUAUAUCGGUGAGGGUUGUGACAGUGAAUGGGACGGCCCGGAAGGUACCAUACAAAAUAAACGAUCCCAGCAUUUGUGGUCUCCCGUAGUAGAAUCCGAGAAGGAAAGCCUAGGCCGAUCGGGAUCCUGUUUUGGUAGCUCGCCUACUCCUCCGGCCGGAGUCCUCGAAAGCCAUUGA